AUGUCGCAGUUCCAGAGCGGCGUGCAUCCCUCCGGGGACCAACCUUUGCUUGAAAAUUUGAAUUCUGGAGGCGUCAUUCACGACCUGAACCCCCUUGGCUCGUCCAACGCCAGUAACACGUCCGGUGUUGGAACAAAUCAUCCGUCCAAGCAGUCCCAUCAACAGCAACAACAACACAGUCUCUCAUUCCUGCGUUCAGAGCCUCUCUCGGGCAACGCAUCUGAUCGAUCGACAGUAGAGCCGCCGUCCAACUCAGCUCAGACGAAAAUCAACUCGAAUGUGCACCAGCAGGCUCUCCGGGUCAACAACAGCCACUAUCCGCCCCUGGGCCUCCGCAGCUCUCCCAACUUCCCCGUCUUCAUCCCUUAUGGAGCGCCAAACGUGGACCGCAGUGGAAAACCCUCGCCCUCAUACCCUCCCGUGGGGGUGGCAACCGUGCCGGUUCCUGCCUACGGAAAUCCAACGACGGACGCAGACUCCUCCGCUCAGCUCGUAGCCGUUCCAAUCACCGGCGAGCAGUUCGACGCCUACGCCAAGAUAACCGGCGAGACCCAGAGCCCCAGCCUGUUUCUCGACCUGGAAGAGCCUACGUCUCAGGACAAGACGGAAAGCGCACAACAAAGUAGUUCGACAAACUCGCUUCAGUCGAAAAUACCCAUCGACCCUCGGAUUGAACACUGGCAAGCUCCACUGGCCCCCUCGCAGUUUACUCAGAGUCAGACGACAACAAGUGUCAUUACUCCUCGAAACAUCAGCCCAGCGCGCCAGAACAUACCGACUAUAGCUUCGCGGGCUACCAACUCACAGGCCAUUACGGCUCCGGCCGGCCGGAUAUUCAACACACCGUGGCCCCAGCCGUGUCAACCCUUGAUUGCACCUCAGGCCAAGCAGCCCACUACUGAGACCGGCGUCAUCGGCAGAGACGGCACGUACUGCCCACAAGGUAGCCUUGUCGCGACUGCUUGCGGCCUCGGCAGUGCCCUGCCCGCUUCAUUCGGCGCUUCGACUUCGACCUCGGCCCGCCACGACAUCAAGGUCGACAACAGUCGAAACGCCAAAAAGAACAAGAACCCAAAUAGCAACCCCUCGUGGGUGUACACGACCCCAGUCCGUCCCAAUGCUAGCUUCGGCCCUCUCACCACUGGAGGCCGACCCCUCUUCACGUAUACUCAACAGGGCCAGCUUACCGCAGGCCGUGCCUUCACUUCACAAGAGCUUCGUGCGUAUGUCGACGGCGGACGUUGCUUCAUGUGGGUCCAGCAGGCACCCUCGCAGUGUGCCGGACGCAUGGAUCACGACGACAAGAAGUGCCGCUGGGCGUCGUGCCCCAUCAACGCGCGGAGCAUCUCUUCGGGCUGGCUCCGCGUCGCCCUCGACGAGUUCCCCGGCCUGACCUCAGACGGGACCAAAGACCCCUUCAAGGUUGCCGGCGUGCUGCACCUCUGGUGCUUCGAGCAGAUAUUUGAUCCGAUGGAGUUUCACAAGAGCGGCCGUCUCCUCCCAGAGGUUCGCCACCUGCCCAAGGAGACCAGCAACGUCAUGGCCAUCAACCGCGAGACCGACAGGGACAUUGUCCCCGAGUGCUACAACAAGUGGUUCCAAGAUCGCGAGCAGGAGUUUCAGCAACACGGUCCCGUUAGGCGACCUAGACAACACGAAGAGUCGCUGUCCUAUGCGCUCAUCAAGUACCACGUUAGCAACCAGACGACGGCACGGCACAGAGCGCGUGCCACUCGAAACCAAGACAAGGCGACUGGGCACCAAAAGACGAUUGACGUACACGUCGGCGACCUGGGUUUGUAUGCCCGGAUCAUGAAGAACUGCAGGGCCACGGCCAAGGCGGCCCAAUCUCAGCAAAUGCAGGAAGCCAUCAUGGUCGAUGACGACGACGAUCCCGACACUACUCUGGGAGACACGAUGGGCAUGGGCUGGUCGCCCGUCGCCGAGGAAGUGUCCGUGUUGACGGAACCAGACAAGUCGCCCGCCUCGGGCCUGCAAAUGCCACCUCCGAGCAACAAGUCAAGCGACUUUCUGCGAGCGAGUACCCCAUACAAGACGCCGUCGAAGUCGCCCGCGACAUCGCGACGCACCACAAGCGCAACGACAACAGUUGCCGGCUCAGCGCCCGAUAUGACGACGCGGCAGGGUAAGAACAACGCCUCAGAAGAUGUCGACAUGUCGGACUUGAUUGCUGAUGGAGCGAAACAAGAUGCUCCCCGCUUCGACCUUCUCAACCCGGCCUCGUGGAAGGACAAGACGCCGGCCCCAGCAUCGCCCAUCCAUGAGUUUUUCAACCCACUCCAAAGCCCACUCACCGGCAUCGUGCCCCCCGUGGUGAUGCAGACGCCGCUGAAGUCGCCGGUUGUACGAGGCAGCAUCGUGGCUAGAGGUCUCACUGCCCAGCAGGCGAUCCUGGCCCAAAAGCAGGAGCUGCAGCGCCGCAAGUCUGUCGACGCGCAUGGGGUCGUCCCUCCGGAGCAAUCGACCCAAGUGGCCCCGAAACGCAAGCGCGACGACGAUGACACUGAGUCUGGAUGCGUCAGCGACGACAUGCGUCCGGCCAAGAUGCAGCACAUGGAUCAGCCAUCGCCAAAGCGGAAGCGCGACGAAGACGAUAUCUCGGGAGCUUCCCCCAGCCCGAAGCGACGACGCUCCGAGCUCGAUCUCACAGCCCCCAACCUCAUGGCUCAGCAUCAAGAGAACGUCAUGUUUGCCCAGACUGCCGAAUCCGUGGUCCCAGACACCGCGCAAAACACGCAGCAAACGACUGAGGCUGCUACUGUCGCAGCAAACAGCGAGCCGGAGGGGCCGCAAACCCGCUCAGCCGACGACGCUGGUGGCAACCUCUUUGCAGGCCAUACGCAACCCCCAGAACUGGAACACGCGGUGAGUCUCGAUAGCUUGUUCGAGCAGUCCGCGGCCGAUCUCGACGUGGACAGUCUCGUCGAGACAUUUGAAUGGCCACAGUGA